AUGCAAUUCUCUGCCCUGGGUGUUGUUCUUCUUGCAGUGCUAGCACAGGCUGCAAAGGCUGUUGCACAUAUAGAGGAAUUUCAUCUGCUUGCUAUGGGAUCCAACACUAGCACUGAUAACAACUCAAUGUCAGCUAUUGCCACUACAGCCACUGCUGUUCCUGCUGUCUCCAUCAAUUGCAGUGAGGAUGUUGGUGUUGAUGUUGGAGAGGUGGUGAACAGAUUGUUACAUGUCCCAGAACUGACAGCGGAUCCUGCUGCUUUUGAGGAGAAAGAGAAACAGAGAAAGAAAGAGAGUGAUAGUGGGCAGAAAGAGAAGAUUGAGAGGAAGAGAAGUCCUUUUGUUUCAGAUGCUAUCAGAGAAAGACAAAAACUGGGGAUGACAGAGAAGUCUAGGUGGGAGAGCUCAUUGACACAGUUGGAUGAGGAUGAGGGUGAGAAGGAGGCAGCCCGGCAGAAGCGGAAGAAGAUCAAAAUAAAACAAAAGAAGCAGAAUAGAGAUGCAAUCGAUGAUAUUUUCGGGAGGUUGUAA